GAGCCCCGGAGCCAUGGCCCUGAGCGAGCUGGCGCUGCUCCGCUGGCUGCAGGAGAGCCGCCACUCGCGGAAGCUCAUCCUGUUCAUCGUGUUCCUCGCGCUGCUGCUGGACAACAUGCUGCUCACCGUCGUGGUCCCCAUCAUCCCAAGUUACUUGUACAGCAUUGAGCAUGAGAAAGAGGCCGUAGAAAUCCAGACUGCCAAGCCAGUGCUCACGGCCUCCGCCUCAGGCAGUUUCCAGAACAUCUUCUCCUAUUAUGACAACUCCACCAUGGUCACCGGAAACAACACCGGCGACCUUCCCGGGGGGCUGCUGCAUAAGGCCACCACCACACAGCGCACAGUGACUAACGGGUCCACUGCCCCUGCCGACUGUCCCAGUGAAGACAAAGACCUCCUGAAUGAGAAUGUGCAGGUUGGCCUGUUGUUUGCCUCGAAAGCCACUGUCCAGCUCCUCACCAACCCGUUCGUAGGACUGCUCACCAACAGAAUCGGCUAUCCAAUUCCAAUGUUCACGGGAUUCUGCAUCAUGUUUGUCUCAACAGUUAUGUUCGCCUUCUCCAGCAGUUACGGCUUCCUGCUGGUUGCCAGGUCCCUGCAAGGUGUCGGCUCCUCCUGCUCAUCUGUAGCUGGGAUGGGCAUGCUGGCCAGUGUGUACACAGAUGAUGAAGAGAGAGGCAACGCCAUGGGGAUUGCCCUGGGAGGCCUGGCCUUGGGGGUCUUAGUGGGCCCCCCCUUUGGGAGUGUGCUGUACGAGUUUGUGGGGAAGACAGCCCCGUUCCUGGUGCUGGCUGCCCUGGUGCUCUUGGAUGGAGCUAUUCAGCUCUUUGUGCUCCAGCCGUCCCGGGUGCAGCCGGAGAGCCAGAAGGGGACUCCGCUUACCACCCUGCUGAAGGACCCGUACAUCCUCAUUGCUGCAGGGUCCAUCUGCUUUGCAAACAUGGGGAUCGCCAUGCUGGAGCCGGCCCUGCCCAUCUGGAUGAUGGAGACCAUGUGUUCCCACAAGUGGCAACUGGGCGUUGCUUUCUUGCCAGCUAGUGUCUCUUAUCUCAUCGGAACCAAUGUUUUUGGGAUCCUUGCACACAAAAUGGGGAGGUGGCUUUGUGCUCUUCUAGGAAUGAUAAUUGUUGGAAUCAGCAUUUUAUGUAUCCCUUUUGCAAAAAACAUUUAUGGACUCAUAGCUCCCAACUUUGGAGUUGGUUUUGCAAUUGGCAUGGUGGAUUCGUCGAUGAUGCCCAUCAUGGGCUACCUGGUGGACCUGCGGCACGUGUCGGUCUACGGGAGCGUGUAUGCCAUUGCGGAUGUGGCAUUCUGUAUGGGAUAUGCGAUAGGUCCUUCCGCUGGUGGGGCUAUCGCAAAGGCAAUUGGAUUUCCGUGGCUCAUGACAAUUAUUGGAGUAAUUGAUAUUCUUUUUGCUCCUCUCUGCGUUUUUCUUCGAAGUCCACCUGCCAAGGAAGAAAAAAUGGCUAUUCUCAUGGAUCACAACUGCCCCAUUAAAACAAAAAUGUACACUCAGAAUAAUAUCCAGGCGUAUCCGAUAGGUGAGGAUGAAGAGUCUGAAAGUGACUGAGACCCUCCAAAGUCACCCAAGUGUCUAACUGUGUGCAACAGUGUUUCCAGUGAAAUGGCUCAUCCAGAACUGUCUUCGUCAUACCCUUCUUCCCUGGUCAAAG